GAACUUUUGGGGUCCAACUGAAAUUAUCCCAAAUUGCGAAAACCAAACUGCGUUCCACGGAGUCUUCUUUGUAUAAAUCCGUCCGCCAUCGAUCCCACCAUUAUCGUACGCGUGUGAGUGGGAAGAGAAGAGAGAGAUUUUGGAGAGAGAAAGGGGUUUUAGCGCUGUUUUUUCACCUUUGGCUGGUUUUUCCAAACCCAGAGGUUUUUAGUUCAUUUGACGUGGGAAACUUAUAAACCAUUUUCAUUUCAAGCCCGAAAAGAAAAUCUUUUUGCAAAAUUGAAGCAUUUCUUGUUUGGGUUGUUCUCUAAUUGCUCAUUCCAACAGCCUGUGCAGGAAAAACUAACAAUUUUUUUCUCACAAGAUUUACUGUAGUGAUCAUCUUGGUAGUGUUAUGGUGUUUCUGUAAUGGUGAUGAAGAAGAGAUUGGCGUAUGGAUCAAAUGGGUUCCGGUUUCCUGUUGUACCUCGCGCUCCUAGAUCAUCUAGAAGGAGGUAUAUCCCAAGUGAGGAAGAUAACCAAAUCUGUGCAUUUGAAUUGUUGGCUGCUGUUGCUGGCAAACUCUUACUGGAGAGUGAAAGCUCUGCUUCCAGUAAUGCAACUGAAGGAAAAGAAGGACCUGCAAUGCAAACCAAACCGGAAAAUUAUAAAGACCAUAAGGUAUUUUCUGGGCUUCAACCAGACCACAAAGUUUUGAAGUCAGAGUGCCUUGAUCAAGGAAGUUGUGUGGAAAGUGCAAUUUCACCCCUCAAAGCUGAAUUCCAAGAGCAGAAAAUCAAGAACAUACCGAUGGGAAGUGUCCGGUCUUCACAUUCAGAAAACAUUCCCAUGUCAGAAAAAGUUUCUUGCAUAAAAUUUAAGAGCCCAACUGAUGGAAUUGUCAAAUGUGAAGUGGAAGGUGUUAAUAUUGACAGCCCAACGGAAAACAUAACCGUAACUAGCACUUGCACUGUAAAGGAUCCUAUAAACCAUUGUUUGACUACUAUAACUCCAACUACUAAUAAUAAUAAAACCCUAAAUAACUCAGAUUAUAGUGUAAAGAUGCCCUUGUACAGGGACAGUGUUCCUAGUGUUUCUUAUGCAAAGCGUAGGAGUGAUGUAAAGUUAGGUAUUAGAGAUGAUGACGAAAAUUCGUUUAGGUGCUAUAAACGAAGUGGGACCAACAAGAUAAGGGCCUUAAGACAACGGGCCCGGAUUGGUUGUAGAAAAACAAGGAAGAUGCAGACUUCAUCUAGGCGCUGGCAGGUUACUCCCAGGCUGAAGGAAUGUGAAUUAUCUGACCGAUACAAGGCGGUGAAGGUGCCGUAUGGUAAUAGGAAAAGAACUUUUGCUCAAGAAAGGUGUCUUGCUGAAUAUUCUCCAAAGAGAAGGAAAUUGGGUAGCCGUAGCUUUGCUAUUACCUACGACCAAGAGGUCAGUAGUGAGAGCGUUUCUAAUUUGCCUGCGAAGCAAAUCAGUGGUGGAGAUGAUUUUGGAUCAGCCGUGAUCACCCACAAAGGAAGUGGGACCUCUUCUUCGGUUAAAAGUCUUCAAAAUUAUAAGGAUCCAAAUGUAAAAUUUAGCAUCAAGUCAUUUAGGGUGCCAGAGCUCUAUAUCGAGGUUCCUGAAAAUGCAACUGUCGGUUCAUUAAAGAAAACAGUGAUGGAGGCUGUAACAACUAUACUCAAUGGCAGUUUACGGGUUGGGGUGGUUCUUCAUGGGAAGAAAGUAAGAGAUGAUGGCAGGACCCUACAGCAAGCUGGCAUUUCUCAAAACAGUGACCUUGAUGCUUUGGGUUUCACGUUAGAGCCGAGUAUGAGCCAAGUUUCUUCCUCAUCUCCCAAGGAUCAUCCUGCCCCAUUUCUUGCUGUUGCAGGACCAGAACUAUCCAACGGGAUACAAGGCGGCCCAAAUUUGGAUUUGGCACUUUCAGCAAAUCCACUCAACCCUUCUCCAGAGUUUAAGUUGGACACACAUGCUGAAACAAACCCUGAGCCCGUUCAGUUAUUAUUGGAUGGUCCUGUUGGUGUAUCAAUGAGUGGGGCUUGUCCAGAGUCAAGGGCUCUGGUUGCAGUUCAGCCAAUGGAUGGAGAAGUGCUUGCGGCGGUUCCAGUGAACCAUAAGAGUAGUAGGCGUUCUGAACUUUCACAACGUAGGGCAAGAAGACCCUUCUCUGUUUCUGAAGUCGAAGCGUUGGUUGAAGCAGUAGAGCAACUCGGAACUGGAAGGUGGCGUGAUGUUAAAAUCCGUGCGUUUGACAAUGCAGAUCACAGAACAUAUGUCGACCUAAAGGAUAAGUGGAAAACAUUAGUUCACACAGCAAGCAUUGCCCCACAACAAAGGAGAGGUGAGCCAGUCCCGCAAGAGCUUCUGGACCGGGUGUUGGCUGCCCACUCAUACUGGUCCCAGCAUCAGGCUAAGCAACACGGGAAGCCGCCGGUUCACGCUGAGCCAGUGAUGAUUGCUGAUGCACCGGUGCAGGCCGUGCAAGCUUGACGAGAGGGGCGUUUGGUUUGUAUGGUUUCUGAGAUUUGUAUGUAAAGAAGUGUGAUUAUUAAUUAAUCAGUAGGACAUGUUAUUAUGAUAACAUAACAGAAGAAUGGGUAGGAAAGAUUCACAUGUUUCUGUCUUUUUGAUUUUUUUGCUUCUCGAACAUUGUUUUGCUGCAUGGUAUUCCACCCACCGAUUCUGGGGGUACAGGGCACUGGCAGCGAUUGUAAAUGAACCCAAAGAAUAAAGAUGUUUAUUGUUGUACGGUCGAUCUAGAAUAUCAUGAUUCUUACAAUGUC